UUGUCCACAAUCGGUGACAAUCAAAGCAGUGGCGAUGAUAACAAAGUGGAGCGCAUUUGCGAGCGAUUUGAUUAUCUCAUUAGCAAAUGGCAGACAAACCCCAAACUCAUUGAAUCACAUGUGAAAGACUUCUUGGACGCCAUCAUCGAGAGUGUGUCGACCAGCGCUGCGGUCGAUGGCCAACGAUUCACCGCCGCCUUCACACUAAUGCACCCCGAGACAACGAGCGCUCAGAAGACUUUAGUGGAGCGGAUCUAUGCGCUGAUCGAUCGGUAUCUGAAAGCGACCGAUAAGAGCAGGGAUUCGGCCGCCGUAUUGGCCGCACAUUUCUUCGCGCGACCCGAUAUUGUGGACCAAUUGUUGGACCGUUUUAUGAGCGAAUCGUUGCCCCAAUUGGGCACUAGUUUUGGUCACGUGAUGGCUGUGGCAGUGCUGUUGAAAGUGGCCGACCGUCAGAACAUCAGUCCGUUCGCCGAACGCGUGAUCGAAGUGAGCGCCAAAAUGGACACAACGGGUCGCGAACUGAUGACCAAAUGGAAAGUGAAACUUAUCGGCCGAUCGGCGCUGUCUUUGAUGAGACCCCGGAUCGCCAAAUGGCGGUAUAGACGCGGCAGACGUCAGUUGUCUCAAAACAUAUCGCUUCAGAUGGCGGACCAAAAGCCGGCCGCCAUUCAGUCGACGCAUGAAAAUACUGUCGAAGAUCUGGAGGACGACUGCGAUUACAGUGAUAUACCGGAACAGUUGGAAGUGAUCAUUGACUCCCUGUUGAACGCCUUACACCACGAGAACACAAUAGUCCGCUGGUCUUCGGCUAAGUAUUUGGGGCGACUCACGAACCGAUUGCCUAAAGAAAUGGCCGCCGAAGUGGUCGACAGUGUCUUAAAGCUGUGCGAAUGGAAAGACUCGGACUCUUCAUCGCACGGCUGUUGCCUAGCGUUAGCCGAACUCACCCGCAGAGGCCUUAUACUGACGGAUCAGUUGCCACAAGUGGUAGACGUUGUUCAGAAAGCGUUGCUUUUUGACGAAUUGAAAGGUACGUUUUCCAUCGGAUCCAACGUAAGAGACGCCGCGUGUUAUGUGUGUUGGUCUCUCUCCCGUGCGUACGACUCGCAAGUGAUUCAACAGUUUGUCCACCGAUUGGCGCCGACUCUCGUAUGUGUCGUGUGUUUCGACCGUCAGGUGAACUGCCGAAGAGCCGCCUCCGCAGCCAUUCAGGAGUUUGUCGGCCGAACGCAAGUGUUUCCGCACGGACUGGAAGUGUUGCUGUUGACUGACUUUCACGCGUUGGCCACAAGAAGUCACUGUUAUUUAGAUAUCGCCUUCAAAUUGGCACAAAAGCCAGAGUUUGGCGAUUGUCUGGUCCAACAUCUGGUCGACAAAUGCCAGCACUGGGACAGAGAUGUACGCGAAUUAGUGGCCCAAUCGCUGGGAUUGCUGUCCACUGUUAUCGAUAUGAACCCCUAUUUACCACAAUUACUCGCAAAGAGCUUAUCAAUGGAUCUGAACUCAAGACACGGCUCUAUACUAGCGAUCGGUCACAUCAUUGGCAGUGUUGGCGACAAAAUAAGCCCAGAAUUGAGGGAACAAAUGGAAUCAAUUGCUGUGACUUUGAAUGAGAAGAAACUCUUGAGAGGAAUCGGCGGAGAGUUUAUGAAACAGGCGUUGAGUGUAUUGAUAGAGAAGUGUUCGUCGGUUUCGCUGUCAAUCAGUAGCGAAUCCAAAGUGAUUGACGUCUGGAUUGAUAUCAUCUGUAAUGCGAUUGUCAGCGAAGACCAGAAGACUCGCGGCGACGCUGUGGUAGCGCUUCCAGUGUUUUGCUAUCAAUAUUUACGCAAUCGACACGAACUUAAGACUAAAGUAUUGGAUCAGCUGUUGAUUCACUUGAACUCAAGCAAAGAGAGCCCCAGAAUUGGUUCGUCGAUGUGUUUGCAGACAAUGUCUUUGGAAUUACUGGAUGUCCAGUACUAUAACACAUGCUUUGAGAUACUAUUAGCGCACAUCAGAUCCGGCGACGAGUUGUGCGGUUCCCGGGCUUCAGAAGUGAUCACUUUAGUUGAGUUGUCGUUGAAAUUCCGUCCCAUAGACGACAAUAGGAGACAACAGAUCGUUGACUGUCUUUGUCUGGCAUUAGACGACCGGACGAAGGACUCGAGAGGCGAUGUCGGCGGUACUGUCCGGUUGGCCGCCGUCGACGCCUCCCUUGCGUUCAUCAAUGAGGCCACUGAUGGCCAAGUGAUUGAUGUCUUAAAACUGAUGACAACUCAAUGCGUAAGCGUUUGGCAAAAAGAGAGACACAAAGCCUUCAAUGUGUUUAAAGAGAUAGUCUUCGGCCGACAAUUGGCUCAAAUCGACAGACAAUUUAUGGAAACGCUGUUUGAGAGCACCGGCGACGAGAAGGCCGACCACUGGCGGCCAUUCGUACGCCUAUUAGACGUCCCGUUGUUUACGCAUAACGUGUGGAAGGGUUUAGCGAAGAAUGUCUCGAAUCCGACCGAAACUUAUGUCCGAAAUCUACUCAAACAAGAGAUCAAAUCAAUGGACGGCCGGGUNCGGCGUUCAGACCGACGAUUACCGCCAAUCGAUACCUACGUUUCCCUAUUGACCGCCGAUGACAGUCCCGAAGAGGCGUUGGAUUUGUUGACACAAACCGAUUGGUCUCAGAGUUUGGAUGUCUUGAGACCUAUUAGGGAUCAGAUUUGCGAUGCGCUCAAUGUUGCGAAACCCAGACGUAAAGCUACCGGUGCUGACAAUAGUGCUAAAUAA